AUGGCCAUGGGGGAGAGUUUGGCGGUGGGGAGCAAUGCCAGAUUUGAGGAAAGCCUCCUGUCGGUCCACGACACUAUCGCCCAGAAGAGUUACGACCCUGAACUACCUCCGCUGCCUGAAGACAUUGACGACGAUGAGGAUUCUGUGAAAAUCAUUAGACUGGUCAAAAACAAGGAGCCUCUCGGUGCAACCAUAAUGCGUGACGAUCACACAGGAGCCAUCCUGGUGGCCCGGAUCAUGAGAGGAGGGGCAGCCGACAGAAGUGGAUUGAUUCAUGUUGGGGAUGAACUGAAGGAGGUCAACGGAAUCCCUGUGGAUGACAAGAAACCGGAGGAAAUCAUCCGUAUUCUGGCCCAGUCACAAGGAGCCAUCACCUUUAAACUUGUCCCUGCAAUCAAGGAAGAGGCGCCAAGCAAGGAGCCAAAGGUGUUUAUGAAGGCACUCUUUGACUACGAGCCUAAGCAGGACAGAGCCAUCCCAUGUAAGGAGGCUGGACUGGCGUUCAAGAUGGGCGACAUCCUACAGGUCAUGAGCCAAGAUGAUGCAACCUGGUGGCAGGCCAAACACGAAGGAGAAGACAAUCCUCGUGCCGGCUUAAUUCCGUCCAAACAGUUCCAGGAGAGGAGAUUUGCACUGAAGCGACCUGUUGCGACUCUCCCACUGCAGAAGACCCCCAGCCGACGAUCAUGUAAGCAUAUAUUAUAA